AUGGCGACCGCAGCGUCUAACCACUACAGCCUGCUCACCUCCAGCGCCUCCAUCGUGCACGCCGAGCCGCCGGGCGGCAUGCAGCAGGGCGCGGGGGGCUACCGCGAGGCUCAGAGCCUGGUGCAGGGCGACUACGGCGCGCUGCAGAGCAACGGGCACCCGCUCAGCCACGCUCACCAGUGGAUCACCGCGCUGUCCCACGGCGGCGGCGGCGGGGGCGGUGGCGGCGGCGGCGGGGGCGGGGGCGGCGGCGGGGGCGGCGGCGACGGCUCCCCAUGGUCCACCAGCCCCCUGGGCCAGCCGGACAUCAAGCCUUCGGUGGUGGUACAGCAGGGCGGCCGCGGCGACGAGCUGCACGGGCCAGGCGCCCUGCAGCAGCAGCACCAGCAGCAGCAACAGCAGCAGCAACAGCAGCAGCAGCAACAACAACAGCAGCAGCAACAGCAGCGGCCGCCGCAUCUGGUGCACCACGCCGCCAACCACCACCCGGGGCCCGGGGCAUGGCGGAGCGCCGCGGCUGCAGCGCACCUCCCGCCCUCCAUGGGAGCGUCCAACGGCGGUUUGCUCUACUCGCAGCCCAGCUUCACGGUGAACGGCAUGCUGGGCGCCGGCGGGCAGCCGGCGGGGCUGCACCACCACGGCCUGCGGGACGCGCACGACGAGCCGCACCACGCCGACCACCACCCUCACCCGCACUCGCACCCGCAUCAGCAGCCGCCGCCGCCGCCGCCCCCGCAGGGCCCGCCGGGCCACCCCGGCGCGCACCACGACCCGCACUCGGACGAGGACACGCCGACCUCGGAUGACCUGGAGCAGUUCGCCAAGCAGUUCAAGCAGCGCCGGAUCAAACUGGGAUUUACCCAAGCGGACGUGGGGCUGGCGCUGGGCACCCUGUACGGCAACGUGUUCUCGCAGACCACCAUCUGCAGGUUUGAGGCCCUGCAGCUGAGCUUCAAGAACAUGUGCAAGCUGAAGCCUUUGUUGAACAAGUGGUUGGAGGAGGCGGACUCGUCCUCGGGCAGCCCCACGAGCAUAGACAAGAUCGCAGCGCAGGGGCGCAAGAGGAAAAAGCGGACCUCCAUCGAGGUGAGCGUCAAGGGGGCUCUGGAGAGCCAUUUCCUCAAAUGCCCCAAGCCCUCGGCCCAGGAGAUCACCUCCCUCGCGGACAGCUUACAGCUGGAGAAGGAGGUGGUGAGAGUUUGGUUUUGUAACAGGAGACAGAAAGAGAAAAGGAUGACCCCUCCCGGAGGGACUCUGCCGGGCGCCGAGGAUGUGUACGGGGGGAGUAGGGACACGCCACCACACCACGGGGUGCAGACGCCCGUCCAGUGAACUCGAGCGGGGGGAGGGGCAGAGCGCGGGGCUCCCCCUCCCCUACGGUCCACGGCCCUUUCCCGGCCCCCUUGUUCCCUCUCUAACUUCUGAUUGUUCUUUUUAUUUUAAUUAUUAUUUCCCCGUCCCUUAAAAAGAAAAAAAUAAUAAGGAAAGCAACUAAGGCACUGGACUAUCCUUUAAACGGUAGCAGGUGUAAUGAUGUGUUUUGACCUUUACAGGCUAGUACCCAGGCAAUGGAGUGGAGUGUCUCAUAGAGAGAGUGAGGAGAGAGUGUGUAAUAGAGAGAGAGAGAGAGAGAGAGAGAGAGAGAGAGAGAAGGAGAGAUGGCAAGCACUGAGUUAAAUACCUGGCAAAACUAAAUAAAUUACCAAAAAGAAAAAAAAAAAUCCACCAAACCGUGAUAAACACAAAACAGCUUCCUGAUGCUCGGAGUUGGCACAUGCUCUGCUGUGUUGAUUUAAUGUGGAUCCUCAUCAGGAAGGAGGAAAAAAUACACAUGUUCUUUGAUGUAGUCAAAAUUUAACCGCAUAAAUUUGCACUGCAAGAAAAUUGAAGUUUACACCAACAAAUUCAUUGAACGUAUUUUUCUUUCUCGCACGGUUAAUUUUGAAAUUGCCGGGUUUUGUUUUGUUUUGUUUUGUUUUGUUGUUUUAUUCAGCAGGGAGAGUUGAAGCCAGCUCUUGGCUACUCUCCAUUUCUAACGUUCUUGUGUUGCCCCUUGUUCUUCUUCCUGUUUGUGAACUUUGGUUACCUUCAGGCUCCCCCCAACAUUGGUGUAACAUUUAGUUGCUUCUUUUACCAAAGCAAAAACGAUUGGCUUCAUACAAAAUAAAUAAUUCUCUGCUUUCAGGAAACGUGCAUGGUCUACCCGCUUUAUCCAAGGCAAGAGUCCAGUUUGGAAUACAAAAAUGAGUCAAGCAUUGGUUUUUUUGUGACCAGCCACAAAGUAAACUUCAUUUUCAGGCAGUGUUUCUGGGGGAGGUUGUGGAGGGGAGAAAAAGAAAAAUCGAUAGUGAGUGACUGAUUGCUUCAUUUUAUCAGGCGGGCCCAUUGUGAAAGAGCUCAGAGGAAAUGUGGAGGUUAUAAAUGUAUUUCCAGAGUCGUCCAACAGAAAGUGGCACUUUGAAGAGAACUAGGGAAAUAUAUAUCUUCAGAAACCCCUGUAUAGUUCUCUGCCUUCAGUUUUAAUAACUUAAUUAUGAGGAAUUAUUUGUGCUGAGAGCAGCAGUUAAACUUUGUUCCUCUAAUAGCUUUUUUUUUUUUUAACAUAAAGAAAAUAAUCUGGGAACUUAAUGGUGUAUGCAGAGACUUUUUUUUACUGCACAAAUACCCAUAUGCAUACAGAGGAUAUCUCCACUCUAGGCUGGUUUUGUCUUCACUAGCUCAUUUGUUUAUCAAAUCAAAUUUAAGGUCCCACACCUUCUUCUCCUAUAAUUUAUCACAGAAAAUACCAGUUUAACCUAGACAGCUUUCCCCCCUUCUUUCACUAAGGAAGCCAAAUGAACUGGGGGAAAAAAUGCUAUUUUCUAUCCUUCCUUUUCUCCCUUUGUUAAUAGUUUUAAGUGCGCUUUUACCUUAUCUUGAUGGAAAAUGGUUAACUCCCAUAACAAAAGACUCUACUGAGAAGUGUAGGUGAAAAAACUUCUAACUAUUGAAAAUAAAUACCAUUAAACUGUGACCAGUUAAAAUAUUUAAAAAAAAUAAUCAGCACAAAAGGGCGCUAAAAGGGAAAACACUUUUUAUUAAUCUUAAAAGUUUGGGGCUUUUUUUUUUUCUGGUUAAGUAUUAGGCAAAUCUUUAUUUAAAAAAUUAAAUUCUCAAUACCAUAAAAUUAUGGUUCAGCAUCAGAUUAGCAUUGCACUCAGUAGUUAAGGUUUUAGGAAAUAUGCUUUAUAUUGUCUUUUCAAACACCUGUGAUUGUUUCAUUUUCAAUGUUUUUGCAAGAUAAAUGAUGACUUAGAAUGGGCAUAUUUAUUUGCCUGUAUUUCAUUUCCCCCAACGAAUGUCACGAGGAGAUGGACACAGAGCUGCUGCUUCGGGCUGUAUCACACUGCUUGUUCCUGAGGUGUGGGGACUGGCCUCUAGUGAAGCAAUCCAGAGCAGGGCAAAUAGCCAAUGGUUAAGGGAGGAAAUGAAUUUUCAGAUUCUUAUUACCAAGUGGGUAAGGUCAGACGCUGGAGUUCAGGGGACUUGUCUAUAGCUCCUCUAACUCUCUUGGGUUUACUAAGAAGAAAGUUACCACUGAACCUUACCACUAUGUAUAUAUGUUUAAUAUCUGUCUUUUGAAAUGCAGAAAUAGUUUAAAUGUUUCUUUGUCUAUUUUUCUUUUUUUUUUUAAUGCUACCCAGGGAAAUAUUUUCAUAUCAUUUUUAAGUGGCCUGCCUCAAUGUAUAUUUAUUUCUUUUAAAGCAAAAAGGUUCUGGAAACUGUUUUUCUGUAGCUUUAAAUGAGUAGAUGAGCAAAAUCUAUAUGGGAUGUAAUUUUUUUGUUCAGUCUCUUUAAAAAUACUUUGUUUUGGUACAUUUGGUUGUGCUUGUGGGGAAAAUAAAAACGCAGAGAUCCUUAUAUAUUUAUGUUAAAGUAAUAUUUUAUUAUCUACAUAAAACAGAAAUGCACAAUACCUUCAUAGUUUGUUCUAAUUAUUGAAAUAUCUUUAUUUUAUUUUUAAAGAUAGUGCCAAGUUUUAAGGGGGGGGAAACCCUAGACCUUAUACUGACUGAGUUGAGUUGUGUGUAAAAUACUUCCCUUCCUUUAUACUUCAUAAAGUUUUGGAAUAAAUUUUAUGCGUAUACUGCCAGGUUUCAUGUUUAUAACUUUCAGAGCUUUUUUGUUUGUUUGUUUUUAAGAGAGACUACUGUUCUGAUUCUACUUCACUUUUCUUUGCAAAAAACUAUCAGUCCCAGACCUUUCAGUCA